AUGGCAGCGCGCGGCGGGUCAACCCGCAUGAGGGAAUGGUGGUGGCUGGGCUUCGAUCAGAAGUUGCCGAUCAGUCCAGAGCAGUGGAAGCCCUACGACCCAAAUGUGCAGUACCACCUGACGGCAUCCUGGAACGCGAUGCUCAUGGAGGAUCGCCACGAGGGAAUUCUGCUUGACCUCGCUGUAUUCACGGAUCCGCCACAGCCGUACCAGGUCUGGAGAGGCGAUCCGGUGGAGGUGAACAACCAGAAGGAAGAGCUUUGCGGGCACCUGGCCAUCGCCGGCUAUCCCAAGGCUUUGUGGGAGCUGCCCAAACAGAUGCUGCCGGCCAGCCCAGCUUCCAAGCAUGGGAAGGUGAUUGGUGGCUUCUAUCAGGUCCACCAGGAUAGCCUGCAGGACCUGGAGGCCCUGCAUCGCUACCUCAGCGACCCCAACAGCCCUUCCCGGCCCCCGGGACUUCGAAACCCCCGGCGCCGUGGUCAUCUUGAUUGA